AUGGAGCCGUAUCCCGAUGGAGGCUUGUUCUCCGAGUUAUAUUUUGUGGAAGAACCAAGUGAUGUGAUCGCAGUGAGGGACCGAGCGCUGAUGUUAAACUGCCAAGUGGAAGGGGUGCAGCCCAUCACCAUCACUUGGAGGAAGGAUGGUUUACCGCUGCUGGGCAGAGGCCGUAUCUCAGUCCUCCAAAAUGGUUCACUCUGUAUCUGCAACUUUCUGAAGAGAAAGGAGAACAACGAAUCAGAUGUCGGGGAAUACGAUUGUACGGCGCGAAAUCGAUUUGGCAUUCUGCUCAGUCGCAAGGCCCGAGUGCAGGUGGCAACUUUGCCUCGGUUUCAAACCCACCCUCAAUCCAUGAAGGUGCAGCUGGGAGGAGUGGCCCGGUUUGAGUGCCAUAUCUUCGGGAUUCCUGAAGCCAAGAUAACCUGGGAACUCAACCGGGUUCCUUUGAACAUGGAGGAUGCCAGGUAUACCCUGCUACCAACUGGAGUUCUUCAGAUCACCCGGGUACAGCAACAGGACCUGGGCUCCUACCGCUGUGUGGCAGUCAACAUUGCAAACACCCGGGCCAGCCAGGAGGCUACACUCAGCCUGUCAGUUUCAUCUCCCCAGGCGGACCAGGAACCUGUGAUCCUCUCAGGCCCACAGAACCUCACCCUAACCAUACACCAAACGGCCAUAUUGGAGUGCAUUGCCACAGGAAAUCCUAAACCUAUUGUGUCCUGGAGCCGCCUCGAUGGACGUUCGAUUGGAGUGGAUGGAAUCGAGGUGCUUGGGACGGGGAAUCUGAUGAUCUCUGAUGUGACUGUACAUCAUUCUGGGAUUUAUGUCUGUGCAGCCAACAAACCAGGAACCAGGGUUCGACGUACAGCCCAAGGCCGGCUGGUGGUGCAAGCUCCUCCUGAGUUUGUCCAGUGGCCACAGUCGGUCAGUAAACCAGCAGGAAGCACAGCUGUCUUCACCUGUGUGGCCCAGGGAGUCCCAGAGCCACAUCUAAUCUGGCUUAAAAACGGCAAUGAGCUGACCUCUCCCGGUGAAAACAUCAAACUGACCCACAGCAACAGCACCUUGAUUAUAAACCACAUCACUCCAUCCGACGAAGCCAUAUACCAAUGUAUUGCCAAGAACAGUGCAGGUACUAACCAGGCAAGUGCACGCCUUGCUGUCGCUCUCUCCCAGGAGCUUCCCGAACCCCCAGGUGACGUACAGGCAGAAGCUGUGUCUCGCAACGCGAUCCGUUUAUCCUGGAAAGAGCCAGCACACAGUGUCACUGAGGAGAUCAUCGGUUAUGUCCUGCAUAUCCAACGGGCUGCAGAUGAGGAAGGCAGGGAGCUUCAAGAGGCUGUCAGUAAGACUGCAUUCCAGCACGUUUUCACCAACCUGGAACCUGCCACAACCUACUCUAUGUACAUCAAAUCCUACUCCCCAGUCGGAGCCAGCAGUCCCUCUCAACUGGUCACUGCCACCACAGCAGGGCAAGUUCCAGAUGCUGUGAUAUUCUUCACCCGGGUGCUGAACUCCUCCGCAGUGCAGUUAUUUUGGGAGCUGUCUCACAGUCGGGACCUGAUUGACGGAUACAAGGUGUAUUAUAGAAAUGUGCAGAGCUCCCAGCUCCUGGGGCCCACGCUGCUGUCCAGCAGUGCUACCAGUUUCACCAUCACACACCUGGAACCUUCGGCACUCUACGAGAUUAAGAUGUCAGCCUUCAACCAGCAUGGAGAUGGAAACAGCACGGAGCGAUACGUGUCUCUGAGGGAGAAUGCUGAGUUGCCAGCCCCACAGACUCCCCCCUGUGACUGUAAGGCAGCAACAGAGAGCCCACUGACUGGCAUAGUGGUCGGGAUCCACAUUGGAAUGGCCUGCAUCAUCUUCUGUGUCCUCAUCCUCAUGCUGGGGUACCAGAGAAGUCUGUUUGGGUGUAAGGGUAUCAAAGAGAGUUGGACAGUCCCACAGGCUGGACACAGCCUGAGUCAAGAGGGGCAGAAUGGCCACGUGGAGCUGGAUAAAAAGGAUGAAGCUGGGAGAGUGAUGGAGAUGACGGAGUUUGUCAGUGGGAAGUUUCAGAACGGAGAUGCAGUUUCAGAGAACGGUCAUGAUCGAGAGUGUUCCUCCAGUCAGCUUCAGGUGGUGAUUGAGCAACAUCCAACAGGACCCAAACCCUGA